AUGGAAAUCCCGGCCCGUAUCCCCAUCCUGACAGCAUCACCAUCCCUCUCGCUCGAUCGCCUCCCGCUUUCACUCCCACUUGAGCUCGAACUGCCACUUCCACUUCCCUGUCGCUCGCCGGCUCUGUGGUGGUGGUGGUGGUGCAUGGAUGAAAUGGUGGGUGGUGUGGUAGUCCCUGUUCGACUUCCUGAUCCGGUGGUUGAGCUGGAGCUGGAUAUCGGCAGGGAGAACGAGGAUGCGGAAGAGCGUAGCAUGAAUGAUGGGGCGAGAGAGUGUCGUUUUGAUGAUUUUUUGGACGAUGAAGGGACGGCGAGGAGCUCUGCUGGGAUUGGUAGUGGGGAUGCGGUUCGCUUUUUGCGUGAUGGGUGCCCGGGUUUGGGGGAGACGUAG